AUGCCAACUCCCAUGCCCCCGCCUCCGGGCCUUUCAGACAGCCCAGAGCAUAUGCAACAUUGGCUGCGGGCAAAAGCCGAAGAUGAUCGUCGCAGCCAGGAAGAAGAAAAAACCCGCCAGGAAGCGUUGAAGUUAGAGCAACGUAAGAUUGAACAGGCCAUUUUGGCGGAUUCCUUACGUGCUGGUGUUCCUCCCGAUGUACUACCGCUUCUGUUUGCCAGCAUGAAUGGGAAUGGGGGUUUUGUUCCCUUCCAACCUCAGGACAUGGCUCAGCAGUGGACGCGGAGCGGGGCUACUCAUGUUCAAGCAAGCUCUCGGAGCCCUCGCUCUCAUAUCCAUGGAACAUUGCCCGGCCCUGGGAUAUCCACAACUCUUCCUCCACUCGCCCAACAUCUUCAAACAGCUCCGGCAGGACCGCAGCGUGAUCUACCCGCCACAAACCCCACUCUAUACACCUCUUCUACUCCAAACAUACCACCUGGGACUGGAAAUAUCACAACACACUUGCCACCCUCACACUCCGCGACUGCUGGCGUUUUAAAGCCCGUUGGCCGCGCUCGAGCGAUAGAUGUGUCUACCCAAGUUCAGACAACACCAAGCUUUCCCUCGACACCACCUGUCAAUGUCUCGCAACAGCAGCAGACCACAGCAAUCCGAGGCGAACCGACAAGCCGAUCCUCUCCAUCUAUCUCCUUCCACCACUGGGUGCCUCCACAAGCACCAGCUUCCGUGCCGGCUGAUGGCCAGGUUCAAUCGGGCCGCAAACGAAAAUCCUCAUAUCCUCAUCAUCAUCACCCACCUCCACCUCGCUCGCUCGAUACACCCGCAGGGACAACCCUAAAUGACAGGAACGGGUCUAUUGGAGAAGCCCAAGUAUCACCAAGAUCUCAGCGCCGGCUAGAUCUGAGAGAUCUAUCCAGCUCAUACGAAUCGGGCGAAGGAGAGUACCUUACACCUGCUGAGCCCCAUGCCGGCGCGCUGUUAAAUCGCAAGGAGCUGCAACGCAGCGAGGGAAUGAAACAAGAGCAAGAGCGCAGUUCACAUCGAGAAGCCCAACACCGUCCGUUGUCCACUUCAGACAUCGAAAACCUAUCGACACCAUCGCUGACUGGCGCCAGUUCAAAGUCGGGGGGAAACUGCCAAUUUUGA